GCUUUCUAAGAGAUGGGAUUUCAUGGCGUUUCUAACAAGGGUCUCAUCCUAGAAUUGGGUCUUAAUUCAACAUCAUCAUCAUCAUCCAUCCUGGAAAACAACUCCACCACCACCAAGAAGCCUUGCAGCACCCUCAGUUUUCAGCCGUCGUUGACGUUGUCUCUCUCCGGCGAUCAUGCCACCAAGACACCACCGCCAUGUGUAGCCGGAGUCGGUGGUAAUACUGGUGGCGAGCAUGGCGGUGGUUUGUACCGGCAAGAUAGUGUUAGUGGUGGUGGUUCAUCGUUCUCCGUCGCGAGUGUGAGUGUGAAGAGGGAGAGAGAGGUUAAGAGCGAAGAUUCAGAAAAGGCUUCAAGGGUUAUUAGCAGAACCAGCGUUGAUGAUCACGAGGUUGAAGAAGACGACGAUGAUGGUAGUGUGAAUGGUAGAAAGAAACUCAGGCUUACAAAAGCUCAAUCUGCACUUCUUGAAGAAGCCUUCAAACAUCACAGCACUUUGAACCCUCAGAAACAAAAGCAAGAGCUUGCAAGGGAGCUAAAGUUGAGGCCCAGACAAGUUGAAGUUUGGUUUCAGAACAGAAGAGCCAGGACAAAACUGAAGCAAACAGAAGUGGAUUGUGAAUAUCUGAAGAAAUGUUGCGAAGCAUUGAAGGAAGAGAACAGUAGACUCCACAAAGAGCUUCAAGAGCUGAAAGCAUUAAAAUUGUCGGCUCAUCAGUCACUGUACAUGCAGUUGCCGGCGGCCACCCUCACCAUGUGUCCGUCGUGUGAACGUAUCGGAGACACCACUUCCUCCGCCAAGAGCCGCCCUUUUAAUAUGGCUCCUAAAUCACACCUGUUUAAUCCAUUCUCUAAUCCAUCAGCAGCCUGUUAAUUAAUUAAUUAGUUAAUUAGUUUUUUUUAAGUGUUAAUUAAUCAAAUAUAUAUAGAUUAAUUAAUCAUAUAUAAAUCAAGUAGCCUUCGAUUAAUUAAUCAUCCAUGCACAACCCUCUAUAUCUUUUUUUAGAAGUUUAAGGGUUAGUGAAAGAUUAAUUAGUAUUAAGUUAUUUUUGUAGAAAAUUAUAUGAUUUCUUCUGCUGAUUAAUUAUUCUAUGCAUCUUUUAUUGUAUAAAAAUUAUAUGUUAAUGAAAAAAUAUAUAUUUUUG